UGUUAACAUUGAUGACACGUUUCAUGUGGAAGUGUACCUCACGCAGAUUCACAUCAAACCUUUGCUAAGACCUCAACUAAUAUGAAAUUACGCGUUAUUUCGUUACUGGACUUAUUAUCAAAGUUUACGCAACGGCGCGUGACCACGGGCCGGCGCGGGCCAUGCCGACGGCGUCUACCUGACGCGAGUGACGCGAUGGGGAAAGGACGUCAGAACUGACCACAGCACCACCGAACCAGCUUCUGUGGAUGCAAUAACAUGUCUUGGCGAGCUCCGGGGCCAAGCCGAUUAGAAAUAUUAAAGGCCAGUAUCAAGACAGUCAGCAAAGAGUACUGCGAAGAGUCAUCAAUUUGCGGGUUGAAGCACCUCGUUGACGAGACCACGCCGGCAAUUGAAAGGAUCAUUUGGAGCAUAACAAUAGUGGUUGGACUAAUUGGCUCCGUGUCACUGGUGUGGGUGACCUUCAACAAGUACUAUAGCGCGCCCCUGGUGACCACGCAGUCCCCUGAGGGUGUCUCCGUGAGCGAGAUCCUAUUUCCAGCCGUUGGGAUCUGCACGAACAAUAGGAUCAGUAAACGUGCUGCUACAGACCUUGCUAAGCGUUUACUGAAAGCAGAACGCAACAAGAAUUACACAGAAGAGCAGAUGAUGACCCUUCUCUACGGCCUGGGCCAGUUAUAUUGGCUGGGCUCGGAUAUCAAGAAGGAGUCCACCAUGGAAUUGCACUAUGCUCUCGGCGAAUAUGAUGUUCACACCCUCAUGCGCAGUCUAACACCGAAGUGCGAGCAACUGUUGGUCAGUUGUUUAUGGGACACAGCUCCGGUGCAUUGUCUGAAGCUGUUCGACUUUCGGCUCACUAUGAACGGCUACUGCUGCACUUUCAACUACUUGCGACUGUACGACUCUAUAUUCCAAGACAAAACAAGCAACACGAGAACAAUAAACAUGUACAGAUACGGCAACAAAUCUUCGUUUGAUUUCGACCAAGGACUUAAAGUUUUGUUACGUCUCAAUGAAAGUGAUGAUUUCUUCUACAACAUACCGUUGCAAGGCGCUCAGUUGCAGUUCUCCGAUGCAUAUGACUUUCCUGACUCCCCAAGUGGCAGCUUCGCUAUGCAAAUCAUCAGUCCUAGUGUUGAAAUGACUGUACUAGUAACAGCGAGCAUAACAAAGGCGUCUCGAGAUAUUCAGCACGUUCCGAUAAAAUUGCGGAAAUGUAGAUUCUACGACGAAUCCUCGUAUCUUCCAUUCUACACGUACAGCGAUUGCAUGCUGAAGUGUAGGAUGGAAUUCCUAUUGGACAAUUGUAACUGCACUCCGUUCAAUAUGCCCAAGAUGGAAUAUGUUAGGACUUGUAACAUGAAAGAUGUGCCGUGUUUACAACAGUAUUAUGCUCAAUCCAUAUCAGUGCGCCCAAACAUAGACCUUAUACCUGAAGAAUUAGAGUUGGAAUCAGUUAACGGAGGAAUCUACUGCCCGAUGUGCUACCCGACUUGUUCAAAGACGGGUUAUAGUUAUGAUUUUCACAACGUACUGAUUUAUCCAGAGUACCUCAACACCGUACCUAAUCAUGAUCGAGAUCCUUGGCUGCAAGACGUAAAUUACACCGGAACAUCGCUGGUUAAAGUGAGGUACGCGAGAGACGUGGCCGACUGUUACGGGCAGAAUGUUAUUAUGAAGUGGUUCGAUUUGAUUAGUAACAUUGGAUCCACAUGCGGCUUCAUAACAGGCUUCAGCUUCGUCUCAGUGUUAGAAUUCAUCUACUUCUUCACUAUCAAGUUGAUGCGUGAGGUCCGAAUCAGACGCCAACGAGUUCAGAACAAUACCAAAGCCGUUUUAGAAUACCAUGGUUCAGGACCUAUAGAGCCAAUAAAACGAUACAGGCCUAUAUAUUGGAAUGAAAUUACGCCGAACUUAGGCCCGAAAUCUACUUAAUUUCUAGGUAAAGUAAAUGGAAAUCUAGUCAUUAAAGACUUUUCUCUAUGGUACUGGUGUGUUGUAAAGUUUUCUGCAGAAGUAGUGUAGUCAGUCAAAUGAUUUAGUCUGCAGGUAAGAAAAACAAUGAAGUGAUUUGUUGAAAAGUGCGUGAAGACAAUCAUCACAAUAAGUUAAUAAGUGGCCAUGGCCGGCCAAAGGGCUCUUCUCAAACGGAAAAGGUUUAACCAUUUAUCACCAUGCUUGCUCAAUGCGGGUUGGUGAUUUCAAGCUUAUAAACAGAAAUUAUAAGCACAGGUUUCCUCACGAUGUCAGUGGUGUCUAAAUACUCUUGGACAAUGAAAGCUACUAUUUCGGCACUGAGCCAUUUUUUGUUUGUCAUAUGAAUCUAGGUACAUAUAUAGAUAUAUUUAUGUUACCUGCGUACUAAAUGACUUGGCUAAUUUUACUGAACGGUUUUUUAAUAGGUUAUUUGUGUGUAUCUCCUAAUAGAAGUAGGAGUAGUACUCUGAGGUAGGAGAGCGUAGUAUCCAGUCAUUGUUAGACUUAAUAGUUUUUGUAUAAUAGUAGUAACAUUAGAACACCUGUGCCGCUCUCAUACUGAUUAAAAUCUAUAUUAGAAAUGAGGCUCCCGUGUAAUUUUACAUGUGUAUUACCUAUUUAUUUAUUUAUUACAUGUUUCUACAUGUACUGUAUUGUUGAGCACGUAAGUUGUUGUAUAAAAUAAAUAUAUUGGAACGAAA